AUGGAGACCAUCAAGAACGCCGCCAACUACGUCUCUGAGACCGUCCAGGGUACUGGUGCCCAGGCCUCCAAGACCGCCAACAAGGAGGUCGCCAAGGACUCUGACGCCAGCCUCGGCACUCGCGCCAACGCUGCCGUUGACGCCCUCGGUGACAAGAAGGACGAGCACGUCCACAACACCAAGGCCGAUGUCCACAAGGAGGCCGCUAAGCACUAA